UUUGUUGAAGAUGAAAGUGACCUUAUCAGCUUUGGAUACUUAUGAGACUUCUUUCACACCUUUGGUGGUCAUAGAACUUGCUCAGGAUGUCAAAGAAGAAACCAAAGAAUGGCUGAAAAAUAGAAUUAUUGCUAAAAAAAAAGAUGGAGGUGCCCAGUUGUUGUUUAGACCAUUGUUAAAUAAGUAUGAGAAAGAGACACUAGAAAAUCAGAAUUUAUAUCUUGUUGGUGCCUCCACCAUUAGACUGUUACUUGGGGCAGAAGCAGUGGGAUUGGUCAAAGAGUGCAAUGAUAACACCAUGAGAGCCUUCACAUACGGAACCCGACAGAACUUCAAAGGUUUUGAUGAUAACAAUGAUGAUUUCCUCACAAUGGCAGAAUGUCAAUUCAUUAUCAAACAUGAACUUGAAAAUCUUAGAGCUAAAGAUGAAAAAAUGAUCCCCGGUUACCCCCAGGCAAAAUUGUAUCCAGGAAAAUCAUUAUUGAGAAGAUUGCUCACGUCUGGCAUUGUGGUUCAGGUGUUUCCACUGCAUGAUAAUGAAGCUCUGAAGAAGCUUGAGGACACCUGGUACACUCGGUUUACCUUGAAGUAUCAGCCCAUAGACAAUAUUCGUGGCUACUUCGGGGAAACCAUCGCUCUUUACUUUGGCUUUUUGGAAUACUUCACCUUUGCCUUAAUCCCCAUGGCCAUCAUUGGGUUACCUUACUACUUGUUUGCGUGGGAAGACUAUGACAAGUAUGUGAUCUUUGCCUCGUUCAACUUGAUCUGGUCCACGGUGAUCUUGGAAGUGUGGAAGCGUGGCUGUGCCAACAUGAGCUACCGGUGGGGGACCCUGGUCAUGAAGAGGCAGUUUGAGGAGCCGAGGCCGGGAUUUCAUGGCGUCCUGGGCAUCAAUUCCGUCACUGGCAGGGAGGAACCUCUCUACCCCAGCUACAAGAGACAGUUGCGCAUUUACCUGGUUUCUCUGCCGUUUGUGUGCCUCUGUCUCUAUUUCUCUCUUUAUGUCAUGAUGAUUUACUUUGAUUUGGAGAUCUGGGCCUUGCAUCUACAUGAGAACAGCGGGUCUGAGUGGACCAGCAUCUUGUUGUAUGUGCCCAGCAUCAUCUAUGCCAUCGUGAUUGAGAUCAUGAACCGUCUCUAUCGAUAUGCUGCUGAGUUUUUAACCUCCUGGGAGAAUCAUAGAUUGGAAUCUGCCUAUCAGAAUCACCUAAUUCUGAAAGUUUUAGUGUUCAACUUUCUAAAUUGCUUUGCCUCCCUCUUCUACAUUGCCUUUGUCCUGAAGGAUAUGAAGCUUUUGCGCCAGAGCCUGGCCACUCUCCUGAUUACCUCCCAGAUCCUUAACCAAAUUGUGGAAUCUCUUCUUCCUUAUUGGCUCCAAAGGAAGCAUGGUGUGCAGGUAAAGAGGAAGCUUCAAGCUUUAAAGGCAGACGUUGAUGCUACGUUAUAUGAACAAGUCAUCCUGGAAAAAGAGAUGGGAACUUAUAUGGGUACCUUCGAUGAUUACUUGGAGUUGUUCCUGCAGUUUGGUUAUGUGAGCCUGUUCUCCUGUGUUUAUCCAUUGGCAGCUGCCUUUGCCGUAUUAAAUAACUUCACUGAAGUCAAUUCAGAUGCCUUAAAAAUGUGCAGGGUCUUCAAACGUCCAUUCUCAGAACCUUCAGCCAGUAUUGGUGUUUGGCAGUUGGCUUUUGAAACAAUGAGUGUCAUAUCCGUGGUCACUAACUGUGUUCUGAUUGGAAUGUCACCUCAAGUGAAUGCAGUCUUCCCAGAGUCAAAAGUGGACCUCAUUUUGAUUGUGGUAGCCGUGGAGCAUGUGCUCCUGGCUUUGAAGUUUAUACUUGCAUUUGCUAUACCUGAUAAACCACGACAUAUCCAGAUGAAACUGGCCCGAUUGGAAUUUGAAUCUUUGGAGGCACUCAAGCAGCAGCAAAUGAAGCUUGUGGCCGAGAACCUGAAGGAGGACCCAAGGGAAAGCAAGGAGAAAGAGCCCUGAG